AUCACAAUCAGUUAUCACGAUGACCAUUAGAUGACCAUCUAGGACUAGCAGGUCCAACUUUAGCUUUGGUGCCAAAUCGAUGAGAUAUAGCUCCAGCAAGAACUGAAUCAAAUCGAUCUGUACAAAUAUUGAUCUCUAGUGAUGGAUCUUCAUCCGCCUGCUGGGGAGAAUUAUGCCCAUCCUAAUAUAUGCUUCUUUCAUGUGGUCUUCAAGGCUGCAGCAUUGGCAUUCUACAUCCUUUCAGCUCUCUUUGUGGACAGCUUUGUCAUCAUUUUUGUAGUCACUGUUCUUCUUACGGCUCUUGACUUUUGGGUGGUCAAGAAUGUGAGUGGCCGUAUCUUGGUUGGUUUAAGAUGGUGGAAUGAAAUUAAUGAUGAGGGUGAAAGCAUAUGGAAAUUUGAGUCCCUUGACCAAGAGUCAUUGGCUCGCGUAAACAAGAAGGACUCGUGGCUGUUCUGGUGGACCCUUUACCUUACAGCUGUUGCAUGGCUCGUGCUUGCCAUCUUCUCGCUCCUAAGAUUUCAAGCUGAUUAUCUCCUUGUUGUUGGAGUUUGCUUGACACUCAGCAUUGCCAAUAUUAUUGGCUUUACCAAGUGCCGCAAAGAUGCUAAGAAGCAGCUUCAGGCCUUUGCCACUCAAACGCUGGCUUCUCGAAUGACAUCUACAAUACAAUCUGCGUUUAGUGUGGUAUGAUUUUUUCCUUCCCAAAUACCAUUGAGGGAGUAUAUUGCGACAGAAGAGACACAAGUCUAUAGUGAGGUGAUUAUUAUUGCUUGAAUUUUGCGCAUUGUUUUAAAAACUGUUAUGAGCUAUAAUAACUGGCCAGGUUAUGUAGUUUCUUGCUGUUUCAUCAAAUGGUUUAGGGAUUUUGUAGAUCAUCUUAGGUGGAAAACUACCCAAAGAAAUGUUGCAAUCCUUUUACUUGUUAUGCUCGCGAAUUGAUUGUUAUGUUAUACUUAAUUUAUAGUUUUUGUGA